AUGAAGUAUGCAUAUUUAGGCUUACAUGAUACAUUCCCUAUCAUUAUCUUUUCUACCUUAACAAUUGAUCAUGAAGAGAGAUUAGUAAAUAUAUUAAGGUAACACUAGACAACCAUCGGUUGGUCUCUUUCAGACAUGCAAGGGAUUAGUCAUGAAGUAUGUAUGCAUAGAAUAUUCACUAAAGAGAAUGCCUAGCCAAUUAGAGAUGUACAAUGAAGACUCAAUGUAAAAAUAUUGGAGGUAGUUAAGGUUGAAAUCCUAAAGUGGUUGGAUGUUGGAAUCAUCCAUGCAUUUCUCAUAGCCCAUGGAUUAGCCCAAUUCAUGUUGGCCCAAAGAAAUUAGGCAUCAUGGUAUCGACAAAUGACAAAGGAAAGGAAAUUCAAACCCGUCACAAAUUGGAGGGUUUGUAUUGAUUACAAGAAGUUAAAUCAGGUUACUAUGGAUGAUUUUCCCUUGCCAUUUAUUGAUCAAAUAUUAUAACAAACUUGUUGGUCAAUGCUAUUUUUGUUUUUUGGAUAAAUAUUCUAGUUACAAUUAGGUAACAAUAUGUCUAGAAAAUUAGGAGAAGACUACCUUCACCUAUCCUUUUGGUAUGUACGCUUUCACUAGAAUGCCAUUCUGGCUAUGUAAUGCACCAGCCACCUUCCAACGAUGUAUGACUGCCAUGUUUUCCCCAUUAGUAGGAGAAUGUUUAGAAAUCUUUAUGGAUGAGUUUUCUGUAUUUGGUCAAACCUUUGAUAAUUGCUUAAUCAACCUGACCAAAGUUUUGCAGGUUUGUGUGAAAUAGAAACUCGUUUAAAGUUGAGAAAAGUCCCAUUUCAAUGGUAACUGAAGGUGUGGUGCUAGGCCAUAUAGUUAGUCAACAAAUAUUAGAAGUCAACAAGAUAAAAAUUUAGGUGAUACAAAAUCUGCCUCUUCCCACUUCUAUUUGUCAACUGCACUAGGCGUGUCCAUUUUUAUCAAUGAUUUAUUAUAGGAUUUAUCAAUUUAGCUAAACCUCUAACACAACUCCUAGUUAAGGACACUAAUUUUGUGAUAGAUGUUGUAGGGCAAUCAACUUUCCUAAAACUUAAGCAGGCUCUUAUUGAAGUGCCUAUCCUUAAAGGCCUAGAUUGGACUUACGCUUUGGAACUUAUGUGUAAUGUGUCUGAUUUUGCUAUAGGUGUUGUAUUGAGUCAACGAAUAGAUAAAAAACCAGUAGUAAUUUAUUAUGCAAGCAAAACUCUUGCUGAAGCACAAUUGAAUUAUACUGCUACUGAUUUUUUUUUUACUUAUUAUCAUUUUCACCCUAGAUAAAUUUUGAUCUUACCUUCUAGGAAAUAAAGUGAUUAUUUAUAUAGAUUAUUCUACAAUUAAAUUUCUUUUGGCUACGAAAGAAGCAAAAUCUAGAUUAAUAUGAUGGAUUCCUAUACUACAAGAGUUUGAUUUAGAUAUCAAAGACAAAAAAUGUAGUGAGAAUUAUGUAGUAGAUCAUUUGUCUAGAUAACGAGUUCAUGAUAAUAUACCUAUUUUAGAUUCUUUUUCUAACAAACAAUUGUUUAGUGUUAAUGCAUGCAAGAUGCCGUGGUAUGCUCAUAUUGUCAAUUAUCUAGUGACAGAACAAUUACCUACAGAAUAGUUUGUAAAUGUUAAACGUAAGUUUUUCAAUAACCUCAAAUUUUAUUUUUGAGAAGAAUCAGAACUUUUUAAUUUAAAUGCUGACCAAAUUUUUUACAAAUGUGUACUAGAAGAGGAGCAAUUUAACAUUCUAAUAAUGUGUCAUUCUUCUACUUGUGGAGGAUGUUUUGCCUCUAAAAAGACUGCUGCAAAAAUUUUACAGUGUGGUUUCUAUUGGCCAAUAAUUUUUUGUGAUGUUCAUGAGUUUUGUAGGAAAACAUCAUGUCAAGCUACAAUGAACAUCUCUAAGAGGAAUGUAAUGCCACUACAACCAAUCUUAGAAGUAGAAAAUUUUGA